UAGAAUCCAGAAUUCGUUACCUAAUAUCAAAACUUGAAAAUAUAGAGAAACUUGCUUUGGCGCACCCUUUUGUGAAAGGGUUUAACAAAAUUCAUCAUUGUGUAAACGAUCAAAUGGUGAAGGAUGUAAUACAUGGAAUUUUUGAUUCAGCGUCAAUCAAUGGGAUUAAGAGUAAAAACAACGCUGAAUUAUCACAAAAUAUACGAAAUGGUGAUACUGACAUAACGACUAUUCGUGUUUUAUAUACUACCACUUUUUACGUUGGUCUGGAAAUUGAAACUGGUACUAUGUUACAAAAACAGUUAGAUAUUACAUGUCCAACCCAAGAAUUUAUAAAUUUAGUCAAAGGUUGGAAUAAAUACGAUGAAAAAUCUAUGGAUAUUAAUGUAAAAUACGUAAAGAGUUCUGACUUGCCACCUGAG